AUGGCGAGCGGCUUGGUGAUGGGUGGUGGUCUGGAGCCGGAGGCGAUGGCGCCAGCGCCAGAGGGUACGGGCUGGACGGCUGAGGAGGAACCGGCCGGCCUGGAGAAAGGUUUGCUCCCAGAUGAAGACUGCUGCAGUGAUUGUAGCAGUUACGACAAGGCAGGUACUGGUUUACAGAGUUUUGUACCAGAAGGUAAAACGCUUUUCCCGGAAAUUUUCCAAACGAGUCAACUUCUGUUCUACGAGCGAUUCAGAGCCUAUCAAGAUUACAUUUUAGCUGACUGCAAGGCCUCCGAGGUAAGAGAAUUCACAGCUGAGUUCUUGGAGAAGGUCCUGGAACCAUCCGGAUGGCGGGCAGUCUGGCACACCAACGUGUUCGAGGUGCUGGUUGAGGUAAAUGGAAUUCUGUUGUUCGGAUGUUUGUCUCUAGCUAACAGCACUUCACUUCAGACUGUUAGAGCCAAAGUGCUUAUUUUUAAUGUCACGGACGUGGACUUCUCGGGGUUGAAGGCAGUGGUGAGGCUCACCGAGCCGUACCUCUGUGAGUCUCGCCUGAGCUCGUUCACCCGGGAGUGCAUGAGUGAGCUCCUGGAGCUGAAGGAGCACCGGCUACCCCUGCAGGAGCUGUGGGUGGUGUUCGAUGAUUCCGGAGUGUUUGACCAGACCGCCCUGGCCGUGGAGCACGUCAGGUAUGUGUUUGGUUACCAAAAGAAUUCUAAUAUCCAAGCAAAGGGCGCCCGUGGGAGUGGUCAGAAGGUAACACACGUGGUCUCCUCCGCCAUGAUGCCUGGGCUGCUGCGGUCCCUGCUCAAGGACAGGCUUUGUCAGGAGCCUUGUGAGGAGGAAACAGAGAUUCAGUUCCAUAGUGAUCCGUUGUCUGCUAUAAAUGCCUGCUAUGAAGGCGACAGUGUCAUUGUUUGUCCUGGCCAUUACGUGGUGCACGGCUCGUUCUCCAUUGCUGACUCCAUUGAGUUGGAAGGAUAUGGUCUGCCAGAUGAUAUUGUGAUAGAAAAGAGGGGCAAAGGAGACACUUUUGUGGAUUGUACAGGUGCAGAUAUUAAAAUCUCAAGCAUAAAAUUUGUUCAGCACGGUGCUGUAGAAGGAAUCUUAAGCAUUCACCGUGGCAAGACCACGUUGGAAAACUGUGUCCUGCAGUGUGAGACCACGGGAGUCACCGUCCGCACGUCAGCAGAGUUGCUAAUGAAGAACUCAGAUUUAUAUGGUGCCAAGGGAGCUGGUAUAGAAAUAUAUCCUGGGAGUAAGUGCACCCUGAGUGACAAUGGGAUUCAUCACUGCAAGGAAGGGAUACUCAUUAAGGACUUCUUAGAUGAGCAUUAUGACAUUCCCAAAAUCACCAUGAUGAAUAAUGUCAUACACAAUAAUGAAGGUUAUGGCGUCGUUUUGGUGAAACCUACGAUUUUCUCUGACCUGCAAGAAAAUGUCCAAGAUGAAACUGAAGAAAAUAAAGCGCUUAAAAUUCAGACAAGUGGAGAGGUAGAUGCAGCUGAAAAAGUGGAUUUAGAAGAGCUGAUUCAGUGUGCAACUGGUAAAAUGGAGCUUUACGCCAGCUCUGACCCCUUGGAGCCAGUCGAAGGCAACUGUGAAAUUGUCAAUGAACUAGUUGCUGCUUCCACAAAGAAAGGCCAGAUCAAGAAGAAAAGGUUGAGUGAACUGGGGAUCAUGCAAGCCGAUGUCACCCUCAUGUCCCAGGAGAUGUUUGUUUCUAUCGUGGGGAACCAGUUCAAGUGGAAUGGGAAAGGGAGUUUUGGCACGUUUCUGUUCUGACCGCCAUGAUGUGACUCGAUCUCGCCUGUUGGAUUUGGCAUGCGCUACCCUGAGAAUCACUGCCGCUAUCAUAGUUUGCUUCGUGUCUGUAUUUUAUAUUCCAUGUACUCAGUUGGGUUUGAGUGUAAUAUAGAUUUAUUUCUAUCUGCGGGUAUUGCACAGAACGCUCCCUCUUUACAAGGAAGGUCAUAAAAACAUAACAGAAAUAGUCGGAGAUUUUUUUUUAUAUAGAAAGUCUAGCUUUCCUAGACACAUAGUUCUCCGCUAUGAAGCCUGUUUGUAACUUUCUAGUGUGGAUUUGAAUCUAGCACUUCAAAGGCAGUGAGUGCACGCAGAUGUGAUGUGGCAAAGGUGCCGUGUUCUUCUCACAGUUGUCUUUUUAUCUCAAUGACAGUGAGUCUCCUUUCCAACCAGUAUUUGCAUAAUACUUGUCUUAAAAUAAAAGCUUUUAUGAUUGGGAAGUUAUCUGCCUAAUCAGACUCCUUAUUGAGAAUCUGAGCGGGUUGCAUUUUUAUGUUAAACUGUGCAAUCAUUGAAACGGUAAUAGGUAACAUAGCAGGUUUGAAACAAAUGGAAUGUGUUGUUGAGAGCCAGUGCACACGUAAGGCAUUUGCAUUAUUGCUGAAUAUGAAUGAUUAAAAAGAAGGUAUUUUUCUUUCACCCUAACAGUAUUCUGAUCAAAUUUCUUCUCUUCCAAAGUCAGAAUGAUUACCUAUACAACCUGUAUUAGCUACGUGGUCUUGACAUCAUAUUGUAAAACACAGCUUCUAGAAGUAUUUAUAUUUAAAAAAGUAUAUGUGACAUUAAUAUGCCUACUGAUUAAAAU